CUUCACUGCAAGUUGAGUGUUUUGAUUGAUGGUGGACAAGGGAAAGAGUGCGAAUAUGAAACUACUUAUUACAACAUUGCUGGUGGCAGUUCUAAUGGCGACCACCGUUUUCGGGCGUGAAAAUCAGUUAAGACGGGUGAAUCAUGACCGUGUGCAACAAACGCAACUUAUUGGAAACGAUCUACUGGAAAAGGAAUUCCACAAAGAAUUUCAACAGUUUCAUCGCACCGGCUUGAAGUCACAGCAAUUGAUGAACAUUAUGAACAUUUGGAAGUUCACGAAGGAAGACCGCCGGUAUCUUAUGUCACGUCGGGAUAUUCCCAUUCAAAGGGAGGAAGCCCUUUGCGUGAUUUGUCGCUCGCUCGUUUCACAGCUGAUUGAGCAACGUGCGGAGGGAGCCACGCGGGAGGAACUCUUCAAUAUCGCAUAUGAGUUAUGCACAAUGCUCCAAAUUCAGGAGGCGGACAUUUGCUAUGGUGCAAUCGACGUUAACAUAGACUUUUUUAUUCACAUCUUCGAUGAUCGUCCGCAGCUGGAUGCGGGCAGCGUUUGCGGGGUGCUCUUUGAAAACUCAGCUUGCACAAUCAACAACACUGCCUUCACUGACUGGACGGUGAAUGUUGAUCCCAACGGCCCUCCUAUAACCGAAUCCAAACACUUCCCUAGCGCUCGAGGUCCAAACGAUAUUAAAAUCCUGCAGGUCACUGACUUCCAUUACGACUCGAACUACCGCAUGGAUCAUAAUGCCAACUGCGGUCGGCCAGUUUGUUGCCGAAGUGAUCUCGGCAUCCCGGAUAACAUCGAAGACCGUGCCGGUCGUUGGGGUGACUACCGAGAUUGCGACACUCCGUGGGACACGGUCGAGGAGGUGAUUAAUCAUAUGGCCGAAAACCACGCCGAUGCCGACUACAUUUAUCACACCGGAGAUAUAAUCGACCACGGAGUCUGGGAAACUUCCAUUAGUCACAACAUCCAAUCCAUGAACAAGCUACACAACAAACUGCUGGAAGUUUUCCCGAACAAACCAGUUUUCAACAUUAUCGGUAAUCACGAGGCGCAUCCGACCAACAUAUUCGCACCAAAUGCCGCCAAUCGGCCCGAUCUUUCAAUAGACUGGCUGUACACCUAUCUGGCAGAUGUUUGGGAACACUGGCUUCCCAGAUCUACCAGAAAUACCAUUUUGCAAGGUGGAUACUACACCACACUGGUGCGUCCAGGUUUACGAAUUAUUGCUCUAAACAACCAGGAUUGCUAUAGCAUGAAUUGGUGGAUACUGUGGGAUCCGAACCAUCUUACCGUCCAAUUUCAGUGGCUGCAUGACGUUUUGCUGCUUGCAGAACAGAACAACGAGAAAGUGCAUCUCUUGGCUCACAUUCCAUACGCCUCAGCAGGUUCGAUAUUUGCCCCCUGUCAGCGCGAAUUCCGACGCAUCGUCGAACGGUUCUACGAUACCAUCAGUGCUCAGUUCAGUGGUCAUACCCAUCGUGAUGAGUUUCACAUUUAUCACUCAUUGGAAAAUCCCCAGUAUGCUAUCAACGUUCUCUGGAACGGAGGCAGUGCGACUCCCUACAGCUUCGUUAAUCCGAAUUACAUGGUUUACUAUGUUAAUCCGGAGACUUUCCAAGUAACCGACUUCGAAUCGUACAUCUUCAACCUAACGGAGGCAAACCAGUUUCCGGAUCGACGGCCAGAAUGGGUUAAGCUGUACUCGUUUGCGGAGGAAUUCCAGAUGCACAAUCUCAGUCCGGCCGAGGCGGAUACGAUGAUGAAGCGGUUGGGAACACCCGCCGGACGAACCGAGCUGUCUCGGUACUGGCAGUUUACCGUUAAGAUGGGUGAUCCGGAACUGGAGCGAGGGUGCGACGAUAACUGCUUGCUGAAUACCCUGUGCGAUAUUGUCUAUGUGGAACGCGGAGAUAAUCGGAAAUGUGACGAACUGAGGGAGACCUUUUUCGAUUGAGCCGGGAAUGAGGGUGUUAAAAAUCACCUCCCUUGAGGAUCAGGGGAAGCGGGCUUCCCAAAUUUUGAAUUGGUGAUUUUCUUUUCCUACUUUAAUGUUUUGUGUAAUUUUUAUAUUAAAUUUCAAAAUAGAAUGUGUGCUGCACACGUCAUAGGGAGAGUUAUAAAAAAUUCAACGGUCAAAUAAUUGAGGAAACAGGACGCCCAAUAAAUGUGCAAUUUGCAAUGUA